GAAAAGCAAUCAAUUAAAAGAUACUAUUUGUAUGCUAAUUACUUUUGUUUUGUAUUCAAAGUGUUGAAUUAAUAAUCAAAGCAUUAAGUAAUGCCAUUACGUCUCUGAUAACAAAGCAGCACAUCGUCUCUUUGCAUAUUCAUUCCACAGAAUCUGAGCAUAAUCCUCCAAUCAUCAUCACCGAGCCAAAUCUGAAGAUCUGAUCGUGUAUUAGUGGGUUGACUUCUUCUCCAGAGGCUUCAAAAAAUGAGUCAGAAGGGUUUGAUAUACAGCUUCGUCGCCAAAGGAACCGUUGUUCUAGCGGAGCACACUCCUUAUUCAGGAAACUUCAGCACCAUCGCUGUUCAAUGUCUCCAGAAGCUUCCCACUAAUAGCAGCAAGUAUACUUACUCUUGCGAUGCUCACACUUUCAAUUUCCUUGUCCACAAUGGCUUUGUGUUUCUUGUGGUUGCUGAUGAGUCAACGGGAAGAAGUGUUCCUUUUGUGUUCCUUGAACGUGUCAAAGAAGACUUCAAGAAACGGUAUGCGGCGAGUAUUAAGAACGAUGAGCUGCAUCCUCUUGAUGAUGGUGACGAAGACGAUGAUUUGUUUGGGGAUCGGUUUAGCAUCGCUUACAAUCUUGACAGGGAGUUCGGGCCUAUACUUAAGGAGCAUAUGCAGUAUUGUAUGAGCCAUCCAGAAGAGAUGAGCAAACUUUCAAAGUUGAAGGCUCAAAUUAAUGAUGUCAAGGGGAUCAUGAUGGACAACAUUGAGAAGGUUCUGGACAGAGGAGAGAAGAUCGAACUACUGGUUGACAAAACGGAGAACCUUCAGUUCCAAGCGGAUAGUUUCCAGAGACAAGGGAGGCAGCUAAGAAGGAAGAUGUGGAUACAGAGCCUGCAGAUGAAGCUGAUGGUGGGAGGUGCUGUCAUGUCCUUUAUUCUCAUCGUUUGGGUUGUUGCUUGUGGAGGUUUUAAAUGCUCGUCAUGAUGUUUGUAACUGCACCUUGUUUACACACGUAAGACACAUGCUCAUGUUUGUACAUGUUGGAACAUAUCAUCAUCAUCAUCAUCAUCAUCAUUCCCACAAGCUAUCUAUCAUGCUAUAUAUAGUAAAGAAGCUUUUUGUGAUUUCAAGUUUUGGCGUGUGUUAUUUGUAUAGGUGAAUGAAUGUCUUUAUAACCGACUCUUGUAUCAGUGCUAAUUUGUUUGCAUUUGUAUAUUAAAAUACUUUUCUAAAAAAUGUUAUAAACCAAGAUAAGGGUUCAGAAAAGCA